AUGAAAGCGUUGAUUACUAUAUUACUAUUCAUAUUUUUAUUCUUUCAAUCUUUCGAAUGUGAUGUCUCGAAUAUUUAUAUACAACCAGAAUUGGCAGUAUUAAAUUUGAGCAGCACAACCAAAUUCAUAUGUAUUAAAGAAAAAGAUGAUUAUCGAGGAUUUGAAGUUAAUUUAUUACCAAACAUUUCGUCGCAAUAUGUACAAAUUUCAAUUAAUCGUCUCAAUAACACUGCUACUGGAAUAAUUAUACAAUCAUUCGAUUAUAUAGGCGCAUUCUAUAUUAUAUGUUCGUCAACAGGAGAACGAAAUCUCAGUGCUCGUUCAGAUAUUCUGAUUGGCAGAGAACCUGGAUUACUAAUGCGUACAAAACGUUGUAUUGUAUAUUAUGAUGCAUAUAUCGAUUGUACAAUAAUAGCACCAGUAAUGGUACAAGCUAAUACUAAUAAAUUACCUUAUGAAAUUAAUUUUUUUGAACGUAUUUUGUCUUACCAAAAGAGAAUAUAUCAACUUCAUCCUGAAUUAGUAGAAAUGAAUCCGAUUAAUGGAACUUUGACAUAUCGAUGGUUUCCAGAAUCCACUAAAAAAUUCCCCCCAAAAUUAAAAAUGGUUGUCUAUGCAACAAUACAUCAUUUUGGUACAAGUAAUUAUACAAUGGAUAUGACACCAAUUUACAAUAUAUCAUCGAAUUUUACAGUUCCAGUUAUAUCUUCUACUGAUUUAAAAAUUGAAUUUAAUUAUGGAAAGUUUUCGUCAUUAUCGUUUUGUCAUGGAAAUUUAACGAACGAAGAACAAAUUCAAACUUUAAACGUAAAACAAGAUAUUCGAACAUUUGAUGAAUCUAAUGAAGAUAUUUAUGUAAGUGAUUUAAAUCCUAAUACUUGGUAUCAAAUAUGUUUUCAUUGUCGUCGUGAUUCAUCAAUUGAUACGAUUAGCAACACUGAAUGUUAUCGUUAUAAAACUUUAGAAGAAUCACGUAUAUUUUUUUUUCUUUCAAAUAUUUGA